AUGGCGGCCUCCCUUCUCUAUUUCUGCGCAGCUUUGUCUGCGCUCCUUCUUCCCACCGCCUCCGCCGCUUCUCUGACCAUCACCAUCCCGCCAUCGAACAUCCUCCCGAACCCCCAUGUGCUUCCGCCCACGACGCACGCGACGUUGACGACGCUGCCGUCGUCGUCGUCACAGAAGAAACAUGUCCUCACCGCCCCGCUGACGCGUUCGUCGACGUUUGUUUUCCCAGAUCUGGACCUGAACGGUUCCUCCCAGAACCAGCAGCAAAGAGAGUCCUAUCUCCUCGACAUCCGAUCCCGCGAGUACGUCUUUGCGCCGUACCGGGUCGACGUCGGUGCCGAAGGCACCAUUCUCGGCGUCUGGGAGACCUUCCGCGGCAACCCGUGGGAUAAUCGUGGAGCGGAGAAGUUUGUCGCUGCUCAAGCAACUGGCCGCACCAGCGGUCAGAAUCAGGACGUGGUCGUGGAGGCCAAAGUUGUUGCUCGAAGGGGAUUUUACGAGGAGAGACCCAGAUUCUCCCCUCUCAGCCUCUUUAAAAACCCGAUGAUCCUGCUCGCCGUGUUCGCUCUCGCAGUCACGUUCGGAAUGCCCAAGCUUUUGGAGAACAUGGACCCGGAAAUGCGCGCCGAAUUCGAAAAGCAAUCCCGUGCCGGACCCUUGUCUGGUGCCAGUCGUUCUGCCCUCGCAGCCGGUGCUGGUCCCGGAGGCGCUGCGGGCGGGUUCGACCUCGCAGGAUGGAUGGCCGGGGCCACUUCCGGUCCUGGUAGUUCUUCUUCUUCUUCUGCUACUUCUGGCGACACUUCAGGGGUAACGACUGGACGAGAGAGUUCAUCAUCUGCGGGGAGAAGAAGAGGAUAG